CAUUUUGUUAUGUUUUUAGGUAAGAGGGGAACAGAGGAGGCAACAAAGAAACAGGCAAGCUCAAAAAUCCAGAUAUUAGAAUUAGAGAAGGUGGGUCUGAGUAAAAAAAUGGUCAAGAAACUAAAGAAGACUUUGAUUGAGUGCCCAACGAAAAAGAAUGAUGAAACAUGGUGUUCUGAUUUUGGAGUGGAGAAGUCUGGUGCACCCAAAACCAAGCCUGUUAGUGCUUCUAAGAAGAAGCCAGAGUUGAAUGAUGGCUCUUCCAAGAGUGAUUCUGAUGAGGAAGUUGGGAAACCUGUUAAGUCCAAUGACAAAGCUGCUAUAGCUGUCUCUAAAAAGAAGGGAGACUCCAGUGAUAGUUCUUCAGAGAGCGACUCUGGUGAGGAAGUUGAGGAGACAGGUAACAAAAGGAUGGACCUUUUGCCCGAUAAUGCUAAAAUCAAAGAUGCUCCUAAAAUAUCUGAAAAAGAGCCUGAAACUCCUGCCAAGCGAAAUGAGGAAUCUGGCACAAAGAGACUGUUUGUUGGAAAUUUGCCAUCUGAAGUUACAAAAGAUGAUCUGUUGGACUUCUUCAAAAUGUCUGGGGAAGUGAUGGAGAUCCGGUUAGCUGCUACAGAAGAUGGUAGCUUCAGGGGUUUCGGGCAUGUAGAGUUUGGCACUGAAGCAGGUGCUCGAGCGGUAACAAACUGCCCUUUUCUAUUGUUAAUCUCAUUCUUGAAGUGUACCUUGUUGGUGCAGUUUGUAAUUGUGACGCAUAUAAAUUUUCUUGAUAAAUUCUGGUUUGUUAUAUACUUGUAUAUGUUAGCUUAACAACAUUGUUAUAUACUAAAUGGUCAUGAUUUGUUUCUCAUUAAUUUAG